GGUACCGAUCGAUCUUACACCAGCAAAACGCGUCAGUUGGAGGUUGAUCACGAGCGUGAACGGAUGUGACUGACGGUGACGAUCGUGUUUGAGUUGAGUGUAGGAUUGUCGCGAUCGCGCGCGCGUAUAUGUGUGUGUAUUGCGAGAGUGUAUUUAAUGUUCCCUAAAAUAGUUUAUGUGAGACUUUGUGUGAUUGAGUGACAGUUAAUUGCUUAAAUUGCUCCGCUUUGAUGAUUAGCUGGCGAAAAAGGUGAAGAGGGAGUCGUUUUAUGUGUGUUGUGGGUGAAUACUUUGUGCGUGAGUGUAAAGUGUACGAGAGCGAGGACUGUCUGUGCGUGUGUGUUUGUUAGUGGGGUGCCCGGCAAACUAUGUCCGGUGAACGUUCGGCCAACUCUCCAAUGCUUAUACUGGACAUUAGUGGAGCCGGUUCCGGUGCUGCGCCUUCCAACACUUCACCCUACACGAUGAAGAAACCGUCCUCCAACAACGUUUCUCCAGCAAAGCUGAAAGAGGAACAGUACGAUGAGGCAGACAAACAGCACCAGCAGCAGCUGCAACAGAGCCCAUUAGGUGUAAGAUAUCAUGCCGCAGCUCAUCAGCAACAUCUUCAAGUUCGCAAUCUGCCCGAUCUGCAUCCAAUCCAUCCGGCCACUGGUGGACAGCAUCGAGAGCCUCAUGAUCAGGACGGCCAUCAGAACCCAGAUUUUGGUGUGCUAAUGUCCCAACCGACAUCCACAAACGCUCCAGCGGGAGAUGUCCCUACCUCACACCCGGUUUACUUUUACCCAACCCCAGCGCCAACGGAGACAACGGUCAACUCGCGCGUUGCCUUUCCAAUGCUCCAGAGCUACGGCGUCCAGAACGUGCUGGAGCAACCGCAAACACAGCCAGCGCUCGACACGUUGCCCUCCAUCCUGGCGACUUACUCUACCUCCUGCGAGAGCGCUAAGAAGCGCCGAAUGCUCGAUGCGGACUAUGACUACGAGUUUGAUCAGAGUUCGCUCAGCCCGGAUGGUUAUCAGCCGGAAAAGCGGACGCGUUACGAUACAAACUACGGUGGAUGGGCGUACGCUCCAGGGACGCCUGUGCCGCAGGAGUACAGCCACUCGAACGGCCCACACGCUUACGGUGGUAGUGAGCUGCUAAUGUCACGUGCUAAUGGAACGCAUGCCGGACAUGCCAUGAACGGGCUGGAUGCGGAUGAAUCUUCCUCCAAUGGGUCGUGCAAUGUGACCGGAUGUCACUGUGAGACGAUCCAGAUGAAGCCGAUGAUGUACGUAUCGGAAACGGCUGCUACUUAUGAGUCAUCGGGUGUCGUUUACUACCAUCCAGCUGGUCAUCACCAUCAACAUCAGGAGCAGAUACAAACGAUCGUACCUACUCAUGCCCCAAUCGAUACGACACCAACCCACAGCCCGAUCGGUGCCGACAGUUCCCUGUCCGUGUGUUCCGGCUCUCCCCUAAAGCUGGACGAAUCGAGCUGUUCGGUGGGAAAGUACGGGCAGGAUCGAGCACAACCAACGACCGUCGCCAUGCUCGAGCCUACGGCUGGUGAGCAAGCGAUCUCCCCUACCAGUACGAGCGGCGCAGACCCACAGACCGUCGGUUCCGUUGGUGGAACCAGCCGCAAACCACGUGCCGGCCGUAUCCGGAAGCGAAGCGUGAAGGAAUCGGUCAGCUAUCAGGAGGUCCAGAGCCAGCGGGUGAUUGCGAACGUGCGCGAACGGCAGCGGACGCAAAGCUUGAACGAAGCGUUUGCCUCGCUGCGCAAAAUCAUUCCAACGCUGCCGAGCGACAAGCUGAGCAAGAUACAGACGCUCCGGCUAGCUUCCAGGUAUAUUGACUUCCUGUACCGGGUACUGUCCAACAACGAGAUGCCGGCGAUGCGCGAGGAGCACAAGAAUAUGGCCGUUUCCGGUGGCAAUCUGCAGUUCAGUGGCAGUGGCAUACUGGCCCACGAGAAGCUUAGCUAUCUGUUCAGCGUCUGGCGAAUGGAGGGCGAUUGGAGCAACGGAUCGGCCGGUGGAGAUGGUGUGGAGAUGGGCGAGAGUGGUGAUGGUGGUGGCAAGGAAUGACUAGACGGGCGGUUCCGGUUUCGAUGAAGCCGGAACUACAAAGACAGGAGGUACAAAGGAUGGGCGGAUGAGUGCCUUUUAUAAUAGUUGGUAAGGUAUUAUAACGUUUAACGUUACGAUUUCGGUUUCGGACAGGAUCGAUUCUGUGUUCCAUUACCUCGGAUCUUCGCGACCACGUGCGAUGCGGAGUGGAAACGAGGGUAAAGUAAAGUAUUAUACGUUCGUAAGAGAGAGAGAGGAUGUUGACGCUCUUUUGAUUUGCUUACAAUCAUUUGCUACACUUUCCAAUAGUUGUACAAGGCUUAUAAAAAGUCAAUGUGCGAGAGGAAGAGAAAGAGAGAGAGAGAGAGGUUAUCACUGUGCAAAACAAGUAACGGCUAGUUUCCAAAGAGCAUAUUAAGAUUAAAUAGAGAUACAAGUAAAAACAAGCUAAAUCCUCUCCAUGACAUAAACGAACAAACUAAAGUGUGAAGUU